CAAGCAGUAUUUUGAAGACACUGGCAUAAUAAUAGACACCUUCUAAAAGACUGCAUUGAGAUCUGGGAGAUUUAUUUGAGCUCUUUUUAACAAUUGCAGUGUGAUGUGUUGGAAUGUGUGAGGCAACAGAGAAAAGAGAGGAAGCAUUGGAGAGCAAGUAUUUGUUGACAGUAGCGACAUAAACUUUGUUUUAGUUUUUUAAACCACAGCCGAGAAACUACAAUGAAACCUCAGGACAUUUUAAAGGAAAAGAGCAGCAUGUGGAUAUUUGGUUAUGGCUCUUUAGUGUGGAAACCUGAUUUUGCAUACAAGAAGAGCACAAUCGGCUACAUUAGAGGAUACAAAAGACGCUUCUGGCAUGGAGAUGAUUUUUAUCGAGGAGACAAGGAAAAGCCAGGCAGAGUGGUCACAUUGGUGGAGGAUCAGGAGGCUUGCACAUGGGGAGUAGCCUACGAAGUGACCGACUCCCAAAUUGAGAAGUCCCUUCAAUACCUGAACAUGAGAGAGGUUGUGUUGGGGGGUUACAUAACAGAGAUGGUGGAGUUCAUUCCUCAAGAGAAAGGUCAGGAACCUGUCCUCGCCCUUGUCUACAUCGCUACCUCUGACAACCCCAUUUACCUCGGCCCAGCAUCAGACACAGAGAUUGCCACCCAAAUUGCCAUCUGCAGAGGCAAUACGGGCCACAAUAUUGAAUACCUGGUCCGCCUGGCAGAGUUCAUGAGGCUUUACUGCCCUGAGGUAGAAGAUGAUCACCUCUUCUCUAUUGAGGCGGCUGUUGUGAACAUUUUCAGUGACUGUGAAGGGAUCAAAGUCCUAGAACAAAAUUCCCUCCUGCUGGGAGCUAUAUAAAAGACUUAAUAAGGCACUCCGCAUCAUUAAACUGUUCAUGUUUUUGAGCUGGAUGGAAGGAAAAUGAAGUGCUGCCAUACAUGUGUUGGGGAACUUUUUGCUUGGGGUAUUCUGUGCUUAUCUGAAUUGCUUUCAAGGUAAAUAUGAAAGUGUUGACAUGUUUCAAUCUUUCAAUCAUGACCUGACAUAUCUUCUCUUUUUGACUGUGAUUAUACACACUGUACUACAUACUGUAUACAAAUUCCAUAAGCAUGUGAUGCUUUUAAAAUUUCACGCUCACAGAUGAUUUCUCUUUUUGAAUGGUAUGAUGUUUUACACCUUUGUUGUAAAAGGGUGACACAAACUAUUGUAUAAUGUGUACAUUUUUGAAAUUUAUUUAA